GCUCAAGUUUUACACAUAUAUUUAUCUCUUGCCGGGCUGAAAAUAUCAGAAUAAUUGUACUUCAGUCCUUCCGGCUUAUAAGAAAUAUGCAAAUUGUUCCAAUUUCACCCUAAAUAUAUUAAGUUGUUUAUAUCAGUUAAUUUUAAUCAGCAGCAAAAAUUUGGGGAAUUCAAAUGUGUCCUUGAACGCAUGUCGAGUGAUAACUUUCAGUGGAUGCAGUCAAUAACGUGGCGCCCAUGUUUUGUUUUUCAUUUGUCCUUCCUCACAAUUGGAUUGUUGUUUAAGCGUUCUCUAUUUGAGUCACUUAUCGCAUCAUAUCUUAUAUAUGUUCCUAUUGGAGGAUGGCGGUAUCAGCGCAUUUUCCUAGCGACUGUUUACAGGGACUUGAUAGGACUACGAUGCUUAUUUAUGAUACAGUUAAGUACUUAUUGGCUCAUAUGGACAAGGAAAACUUUUGCUGAUAUGUUCAAAUCUACUGUUAGGAGACGCGGAUCGAAUAAAGUUGCUAUUUACUAUGAAGAUCAAGUAUGGACUUUUGGUGCGUUGGAUGCGUAUUCAAAUAGAGUAGCAAAUCAUCUGUUAAAGUAUGGCUUUAAACGGGGUGAUGUUUUACUUCUGUUUAUGCAUUCCUGUCCAUCAUAUAUUGGGAUAUGGCUUGGUGCAGCUAAAAUUGGUGUUGCAACAGGUCUCCUAAAUACUAAUCUUUGUAAAGGAUCACUUAUCAAUAGUAUUAAAGCAUUGAAUGCACGUGGGAUUGUUGUAGGAUCUUUGCUAAACGAAACGUUUGAAAUGGUCAGGGAAUAUGGGGAAUUCUCCCUUGAAUUGAUGUGGAUAGUUGAUGAAAGAAACAGCACUCCGGAAUUCGCUAUUUCAAAUUCAACACCGUCAAAAUGUAGCUGGAAUAUGGCACUUGCUCAGGCUUCACAUUCUGAUCCACCACCACUUCCAAGAACUGAUAAUCACCGUGAACAUUUAAUUUAUGUUUAUACCAGUGGUACCACUGGUUUUCCUAAGCCUGCCAUUAUAACAAAAUUACGAUACACAUUAUUGGCUAUUGGUACCCGCUACUCAUUUGGUAUUAAAUACUACGAUACCAUAUAUAAUCCUCUCCCGUUAUAUCAUACCGCUGGUGGAAUAUGCGGAGUUGGACAAAUGCUACUGACAGGUAACACAAUUGUAAUAAGAUCUAAAUUUUCCGCCUCGCAAUACUGGUCAGACUGUAUAAAGUAUAAGUGCACAGUUGCCCAGUACAUUGGAGAAAUAUGUCGUUACCUUUUGAGUCAACCAGCACGACCUACGGAUAAACAGCAUCACGUAUGGCUUGCGUUUGGUAAUGGUUUACGACAAAAACUAUGGCCAGAAUUUCAAGAACGUUUUAAUGUGAAACAAAUUGGUGAAUUUUACGGGGCUACUGAGUCAAAUGCUAAUAUUGCUAAUAUGGAUAAUAAAUGUGGUGCAGUCGGUUAUGUUUCAAGAAUAAUUGAUGGUAUUUAUCCAGUGUAUAUAAUUAAAAUUGAUUCAAUAACCGAAGAGCCGAUUAGAGAUCCGAACACUGGUUUAUGUAUAUUAUGUGGAGAUAACGAAGUGGGUCAAUUGGUAGCACGUAUCAGUUCACGUAAUCCUUCUCGUAUGUUCGAUGGCUAUGUUAGCCGUCAGGAAUCAGAGAGAAAAGUUAUUCGCAAUGUUUUACGUAAAGGCGAUAUGUGGUUUGCUUCUGGUGAUUUGAUGUGCUGUGAUGAGUAUGGUUAUAUUUACUUUGUUGAUCGACUGGGUGAUACAUAUAGAUGGCGUGGUGAGAAUGUGUCCACAGCUGAAGUUGAACGUAUUCUAGAUCAAGCUGUUGGAUCAUUGACUGCCACUGUAUACGGAGUAUGCAUUCCUGGGACAGAAGGUAAAGCUGGUAUGGCGGCUAUAGCAUUAGAAGAGUCAAAACUUAGUCCUGAUGAAGAGGAGAAUUUAAUUAGUCGAAUACAUAAAGAAUUCACAGAACACUUACCGCCUUAUGCACGUCCUAUAUUCUUACGGUUGUGUCAACAUCUGGCAAUGACUGGUACAUUUAAGAUUCGUAAACAAGAAGUCAUUCGACUCGGUUUUGAUCCGUGCAUUAAUCCAGGUGAUCAUGUCUACUUUUUAAAUCCACAAACAAAACUUUAUCAACGAUUGAAUCAACAAUUGUUUGAAGAUAUUAAUCAUGGUAAAUUUAUGCUUUAAAAAAGCAAGAAUAAAUUCCAUUUGUACACAGACAUACACUCCCAAAUUUUUGUUUAUUAAAUUUGUCAACUUAUAAGUAUAUAUUCACACUACGCACUAUAUUUAGAGAUAAGCGGAUAUUUUAUAUUGGAGUGAGUGUGUCCCAUGAUUCAUAUUUACUGUCGUGCCAAUUAAUGCCUUUUCACUGAUAUCUACUAUCUUGAUACAAAUGUAAAAUUAUUACACUGAUGCUUAUUCUUCACUUUCGUAUUUGUGUUUUUUCUUCAGUCUUUUUUCUUUCGCCGUUUUUGAUUGUGUGUGUGUUUGUUUUACACGAAUAAUUCCUUCUCAAUCAUGUUGGCUGCUUGUUCUCUCCUGGCGUUUGUUCUUCUUUGUGCUCCAGUCUACUUUGUGCUUUCCUGUUUUUAUUGAGUAGUGGAUAGUAGUAGUAGCAGUAGUAGUAGUGCCAGUUAAUUGAGCUGUGGUUGUGCUUAUGUUUCGUUUGCUUCUUAUAUUAAUGUCUUACUUCUCGUCGUCUGUUGUCCUCUUUUCAAAACGAAAACAAACAAACCAACAAACGGUAGCAGCAAAAUUAACGCAUACAUUCGUAUACAAUAAAUAUUUGGAUGGAAUAGUAAUAAAAAUAAUAAUAAUAAUAAUGAUAAUUGAUCGGAAGAAUAAUAAAAGAAAAUAGUCUUUCUUAAACAUUUAUACUACUUUAUUGUAAAUUUAUUCAGUAUUCCAAAGUUUUACAACAAUUAGAUUAAAUUAUUAUCCAGGGUUAAUUAGUAAGUUUUUAAAUUGGGCAAAAAGGGGAGACGAAACCUUCGGCUUUUUUGUUUUGCAGGCAUAUAUAUAUAUAUAUAUAUAUAUAUAUGCACACACAUGUGUGUGUGUUUGUUUGUUUAUUGUCAGCAUAUAGAUAAUUGCCAGGAUUGUGAUUGUUCUUCUUCUUAUUAUUAUUAUUCUUGUUUUGUUGACAAAAGCACCCACAAUAUAUAUUUUUGUAUGUCACUUGAUGAUUACUGAUCAGUAUAUUCGAUUUAAUUUCAUUGUAUAUUUUCUUUCUUUGCAAAUAACACCCUUCAAGGUGUACACUUUCUCUUUAGCGUUUCUUUUCUUUCUUUGUCUCUCUCUCUCUCUUAUGAAGCUUAAUCGUCAGUAGAGAAGUGUUUUUGCUAAAUUAAUUUUAUUGUGUAUUUUGUGUGUGAUUUAAACAAAUAAAUGGAAAUUAAAAUAAAGAUUGCAUAUAAGGAGAAUAAAUCGUUUGUUAUUG